CCUGCCGCCGCCGCUUCACCCGGCGCCCCCCGGGAAACAGCGCGAGGAGAAGAAAACGUCUCUGAGCAAAGUAGUUAUUCGACGACUUCCUCCUUGUCUAACUAAGGAGCAACUGGAGGAACAACUACAUCCUCUGCCUGCCCAUGAUUAUUUUGAGUUUUGCACUGCUGAUCCCAGGUGAGGAUGAGCUGUUUGUGCAGGCUUUCAGCCUUUAUCCUCAUCUCUACUCAAGAGCAUACAUUAACUUUAGAAAUCCUGAGGACAUCCUCCUUUUUAGAGAUCGCUUUGAUGGCUAUGUCUUCAUUGAUAAUAAAGGUUUAGAGUAUCCUGCAGUGGUUGAAUUUGCUCCAUUCCAGAAGAUUUCAAAAAAGAAGCUGAAGAAGAAAGAUGCCAAAGCUGGGAGCAUUGAUGAUGAUCCAGAAUAUAGGAAAUUUUUAGAGAGUUACUGUGCUGAUGAAGAGAAAAUCUGUGCCAAUCCUGAGAUUCUUUUGGGAGAGAUUGAGGCCAAAACAAGGGAACUCAUUGUUCAUGACCCACCUCACUACCUGACCGUCAAGACCACACUUCCUCAGUUUAUCUACGAAGAUGCUGUGGGAGACAGUGUCAAAUGCUUUACUGAAAUCAAGAUUAACCACAUCUACUGCUCUACCAUCAUCUAUCCACCUAGUUACUUCCUCAUAGGAGGCUGUAAGAGAAUACGAGAAGAGAAAAGAGAAGAACGAAGACGCAGAGAAUUGGAGAAGAAACGUCUGCGGGAGGAAGAGAAGAGGAAGCGCAGAGAAGAAGAAAGACGUAAAAGAAAAGAAGUGGAGAAGCAAAAGAAGAUCUCUGAAAAAGAAAUAAGGAUCAAGCUUCUUAAGAAGCCUGAAAAAGGAGAUGAGCUGGCCACUGAAAAGCACAAAGAAAAAGGUGAAGAAUCUGACAUUGAAGAAAACAAAUGGGAUAAAUCACCUGGAUUUGGGAGUGUAAGAUCCAAAUCACUGGAGGGUUCACUAAAAGAAUUUAAGGAAAAGUCACAAAAUGAUAGUGACAAAGAGCAAAGAGAUAUGGAGAGAAGAUUUCGAGAAAAAGAGCCUGAAAGACAAAGGAUCGCCCAGCCAUGCAGUUGUACCAGCCAGGAGCUCGCAUCCGAACAUAUACGGGAUCUACAAGUAAAACCUAUGACUCCAGCGGGAAAUCCUUUGAAGAUGCUCUUGAUAAAAAGUAUGAGGCAGAUAAUUCAGCUGGAGGUGGUUCUGAGAAGAGCGAAGAAGCAGAAUAAAACACACUGGAGGAAAGACUUGGGAAAAGGGAUGAACUUAAGGUUCAGUGUCGUCCCAAAAAAAUGCUGGGGCUGUUUCAGAGCUCGAAAGGCAGUCGCACCAACAAAAUUACUAUAGCUCUGCCUCUUACUUUCUGUAAAAUAAAGGGAAGAGUAACUGAAGACAUAUUAAGUACCUUAACAGCAACAGAAUAUAGUUGUGUUUUUUUUUUAAAAAAAAAGCAGUGCAAAAACUAUUUGCCUAAUGGAAAAGCAGUUCAAUAUUUUAUUAGAUUUAUCUUGAAAUAGAAGACCUCUAACAGUUUUGAAGGAGCAUUUAUACAAGACUUUUCACAAGCUAUUUCACCUUUUCAAGUCUAAAGAAAUCAAAUGUAGAUUUGCAUCAGUUUGAAACCUGAGGCACUUUAAAUGUGUUUGGUGCAUGGCGUGAGGGUCACGGGUCCCCUUCCUGCAAAGGGCAGCAGCAGGGGCUGCAGCCGGGAGCUGCGGACAAACCCGGUGGGACCAGCCCUGGGAGGGAGCCCUAGAGCCCGCAGUGUUUGUUUGCAGGAGGAGGCCCCUGGUUUGCACAGUUGUGAGAAAUCUUCGUUGGUAUCUGUACCUCAUUGUGUUUACAUUGUUUUUUUAAUUAACGGUAAGGGUCAGAUGAGUGUUAGCAAGUACGUCGUUAGUGUUUGUCAUUUUCUGAGCCACUUUUGCGGUUUUGGUUUUAAUAGAUUAGUGUGCUUUAAACAGGAAAAAGCUAACGCAGACCUCAGCACUUACAAUGUAUCUGGUUUUAAAAAAUUAGCUGUUUUUUAUGUUUUUGACACUGACUUUUUCUAAAAAAAAGUGGUUGUACAGUGAUGACUUUUUAUAUGCUAAUGUUUCAUAUAAGUUGCAAUUGCAGGAUUUGGAAAAUGUAUGAUAACAUGAAUGUUCUGCAGUUCCACUGUUAAAAAAAUAUGGACACAUGAAUGUAAACUGCAAGCUACCAUUUUGUAAGAUCUAGGCCUAAUUCUGCCCUUUGAUGCAAGCAUAUAUAUAUAUAUAUAUAUACACCAAAGUGUGUGUAUAUACAUAUCUUCUGUUGCUUUCAAACAUAGCUGCAUGUUUACAGAAAGGCAGAACAUGUUAAUUUAUCUUUUAUGGCUAAAAAUUUCUCAGUUGUCUGACACGGGCCUGUUUUGUCAUUGAUGUUAAAUAAUACUAAUUUAUUUUUACAUCCUUUUUGAACAUUUUAUUAUUUAGCAUAACAUCUAAUUGUUCUAAACUCAUAAAUUAUUUAUUGUAUUUUCCCAGCUAUUAAGCAUUAAAUAGAAUAGAUGCAAAAAGGUUUUGACUAUG